GAGGAGCCGCUGGUCAAGAAGCGCCGCACCAAGAACUUCCAGCUGCGCGAGGACCUGGCGCGCACGCGCGGCGCCAUGAACAUCGUGGUGCCGCCCUUCGAGCCGCAGACGUUCGACACGUGGGACGCCUUCAUGGCGGCCUGGAAGAGCUACACGGAGCGCACCAAGACCAUGUUCAGAAGACGCAGCUCGUCCACGACCCCGUACUGGAACAGCAAGCACAAGUUCAAGAAGUACCCCGUGCCCGACGACUUCAAGUACGCCACCAUGUCGUACUGGUGCACGCACGGCUGCAUCCAGCCGUCGCGCGGCACGGGCGUGCGCACGCACAUGCACAACCGCUACACGGGCUGCUCGGCGCGCCUCACGGUGGACGUGGUGUACGAGGCGGUGGACGGCGAGCCCGGCAAGAUCCGCUGGCUCAUCCGCGUGCGCAACCAGAUUACGGUGCACAACCACCGCAUCAGCGACGAGAUCUACCACUGCUACACGAACAACACCUCCGUGCCGGACGAGCUGCUGCUGGGGUCGGAGGCUGCGGAAUUGCAGCACAAGCAGGAGACGCACCAAGUCGCUGUCGAGGAGUCGGCUUAUGAGCCGUCGACGCGGAUCCUCACGGAGCUGGACCCGAUGGGGAAUGGCGACCCCGGAUUCACGAUGAGGUCCUCGCCCGAGUCGAAAGUGAGUGCCAAGACGACGGUCGGCACGACGACGGCGUCUUCAGCGAGCGUUCCCGUUCCUGGCUUGCUGAUGAAGGAGGCGCUGGCGAACGAUCACAAGAUGAACAUGGCAGCGUCGGAGAUGCAGCCGCUGCUUGACGAGCUGAAGAACACGCCGUCGCGCGUGAUUCACAAGCGACUCCAGGAUGUCUCGGAGAUGGUCGCGCACUUGCAAGCCAAGUGGCACCAGGACCGAAUUGCGGAGGAAGCCGCUCAAGCUCAUGCCAUCGCCCCCAUCACCUCACUCUCUGUUGAACAAGCUGCAGCGGGUCAGAGUGAAGCGCUCGGCAAAGCGGCUGCCAACGCUAUCGCCACGAUCACCAGUUUGCCUCCCGGUGCCUCUUUCUACUUGACACCACGCGUCGAGCACAUGUCGACCGAAACGAGCCGCACGACGUCAGCCAGCGCCGAUGGCAGAUCCGGAGAUGAAUCUGCCACGACUUCGAGUGACAAGGUGCUCGGGAACCAGCGUGGCCCCUCGGAAGCUGUAUGAGCUCGCUGUGGCAUAUACAUACCUUGAGUUUUCGCGUUGAGUAAAAAAAUAUCCAGGUUAUCUGGAUGCUCUGUGU